GUGACGUCACAUUCAAAUAUGGCGUCCGCUCUGUUUCGGACCGGUGGAAGGAUAGCAGAAAGAGUUAAUUUGCAGACUACCCAAAGGGUGCUAGCUGCAUUUUCUCCCACAGCAUCAUGUACUCCACACCAACAGCAGAAAAGGAACCUUUCCAUUCAUGAAUACCUUAGUUUUGGCAUCUUGAAGGAUGCUGAUAUCCCCAUACCAAGGUACAGAGUAUGUGGGAAUCCAGCAGAUGUGCAGGAGAUGGCUGCAGACCUUGUCAAAGCCACAGGAGCACCAGAUGUUGUUAUAAAGGCACAAGUGUUAAGUGGAGGACGAGGCAAGGGUCACUUCACUAGUGGUCUUCAGGGAGGUGUCAAGAUUUGUUUCUCAGAUGAGGAAGCCAAGAAAAUUUCAGAACAAAUGUUAGGGUACAACCUGAUCACAAAACAGGCACCACUUGGCAGAAUAUGUGAUACAGUCAUGUUGUCUGAGAGACUGUACUCACGGAGAGAGUUCUAUUUUGCCAUUGCCAUGGAGAGAUCAUUUGCUGGGCCAGUGUUAGUAGGGAGCUCACAGGGAGGUAUGAAUAUUGAGGAUGUUGCAAAAGAAAAUCCAUCGGCUAUUCUGAAACAACCAGUAGACAUUUUUUCAGGAAUUACAAAAGAGUUAGCAGUUAACCUUGCAGUGAAUAUGGGUUUCAGUCCUAACUGUGUAGACCAGGCAGCAGAUAUUAUCACGAAGCUGUAUAAUGAUGUCUUUCUGAAGUAUGACUCCACUCUGGUCGAGAUUAACCCAAUGUCAGAGGAUGCCAAUGGCAAAGUUUACUGUAUGGACUGUAAGCUGAACUUUGAUGACAAUGCAGAAUACCGUCAAGAGAGUAUAUUCAAACUGCGCGAUUGGUCACAGGAAGACAAGCGAGAAGCGAUUGCGGCCGAGGCUAACCUCAAUUACAUUGGACUAGAUGGCAGCAUUGGUUGUCUUGUUAAUGGAGCUGGGCUGGCGAUGGCAACUAUGGACAUCAUCAAACUCCAUGGAGGAAAUCCUGCCAACUUUCUGGAUGUAGGAGGUGGUGCAACUUCGAAACAAGUAACAGAGGCCUUUCGUCUUAUAACCUCAGACCCUAACGUUGAUGCUAUCCUGGUGAAUAUUUUUGGAGGGAUCAUGAGAUGUGAUGUUAUCGCUCAGGGUGUUAUCGCUGCUGCAGAUGUCCUCAACCUCAAAAUCCCAAUUGUUGUAAGAUUACAAGGGACUCGUGUGGAGGAUGCCAAGGCCCUGAUAGCCGCCAGUAACCUGAAGAUUAUAGCCUGUGAUAACUUAGAUGAAGCUGCAAAAAUGGUGGUGAAGCUGUCCUAUAUUGUUAGCAUCGCUAAGGAGGCUGAGGUUGAUGUGAAGUUCGAGCUGCCAUUGUAAAGAGAACUAAGUAGAAGUUCUAAUGGAAUCCUGUUCAUGGUCCUGUUGUUGAGUUGUUUUGAAAUUUUAGUUGCAAAGUUGUUGGUGAAAGAUUGAAACAGAAGAAAAGGGGGAAUGCCUUCUUCAUUAUUUUGUGGAGAUUAAGACCCAGUAGAACUGUUUGACCGAUAUCAAUACACAAUACAGUUGUUCAGCUUUUAAACUUCCCUGGAUUGAUGAUUGACAAGGAUGUAGUAAUUGGGUCACAGAAAAUAGGCAGCAGGUUUCCUCGAUUAUCCCCUCACUAUGCCAUUUUAGGUCAAAGAAUGUUGAAAUAAAACAUUUCAGAUGUAGUAUUUGUAAUGGUAAUUUUAUGAAAGGUAAAUUGGACAGACAUUUCAGACGAAAUCUGUAUAUAUGAUAAAUUAGAAAACAAAUUUACCUCUGUAUGAUUGCUAAAUGCUGCCACACAAAGUAAGCAUGUAAUGUGCACAAUUGUCACUGCAUAAUGUUAUUAGCGUAGGAGGGUUAUAGUAUUGUAAAGUUUACUUACCUGUGGCCUUUAUGUCAGCCACAUACAAUUUAGUGCUAAUUGUUAUCAUUUUGAUACUGAUAAUAUAUUUGUUUAAAGAACAGGACUUCCAGUACAAUUGUAUAAAUCACCAGUAUUUCACCUGAUAAAGGUUUCAGAUCUGUAACUGAACUGCCAGAUAUAAACCUUUAGUUGGAAACAAAUGCAUUUCUUAAGUCGAGAUAUUUAUACGCUACCUUUUUGAGUUAUGGAUAUUUUAAGGUAAAUUUGAAGUGUUUGUACGAAUGCGAGCAAGAGACCAAUACCCAACGACCCAUUUGAUGGAAUACAUCAUCAGGAAACAGAAUUUUCCAUUCUACAUAGUAGUCUCCACUUAUUUAUUUUUAACAGUAGAGAGAAACAAGAACAAUACUUCAGUCUGACUUAGUGUAAGAUUUUAAUAUAUAUAAAUAUAUAAAUUUGAUUAGAAUGCAAAAUUAAUGCUCAAUUUCCUGAAAAGUGUAAUACCAUUGAUUUUUGUUUUUUGGGUUACAAAGGUUUGAUAGUUCUCCAGCUUUAGAGAAUUAACAUAAAGUAAUGAAAUCUGCAAAUGUCUCGGAUUGGUUUUAUGUAAGCCAGUAUGCAAGUUUUAUAUAUAGAUAGAUCUGUGUUAUGUACAUAUCUCCUACAUCGUAUACUGGAAUGCUCUGUCAACAUAUACACUUCAAAGGGUGAAUAAUGAGAUAAAAUAUUUAAACCAUUUCAA